AUGCGCUGCCAGGAUGACCUUGGACGGCGCGUGAAGCAACCAUUUCCAUGGCCGACGUUCGACAUUGCUGAAGUUGCUGUGGACACUGUCUAUCUCCAGCUCCUCAUUUGGACUACACAGCUCUUCAUGCCCUUCGUUGUUGUGCUGACACCAGUGGUUCUGUGGCUGCACUUCCGAUGGCUCUCUUUCCAGUUGAAACAUCUCACGUCUCGGCCGUUCGUCUCGGACUCCUCGCGACUUCGAGUGGCCUUGCAGCGGGUGCUCUGCUGUGGGGCGAUGCUCUACUGCACGGGGGUCUUGUUCUUCCUCAUGUCUUCUUUUCCACACGAGCCCGGCUGUGGCCCCUUUGACUCGCAUCAGAGUCCUGCAGCGAAGCUGCACAGUAAGCAGAAGUUCACUGAGCCAUGGGAAUCUGCGCGAGCGGUCAAGGAUGUUCUUGAGAUGACAGGGACUUUUCCACCCCACCAGGUGUUGAAGGCUAAAGGCCUUCUGCUGAAUUGGGGCCCGGAGAUGUUGACGAUCUUUGUUUCACACCAGUGGCUUGGUCUGAAGCACCCUGAUCACUAUGGGGUGCAGCUGGGAGUGCUACAGGGUAUUUUGAGAAAUCUCAUGAGGAAGACGGUCAAAAUAGAGGUGGAUAUCGCCUCGCAGUUCUGGGGAGGCGCGAUUCAGGAGGAAGUUCUUGGCAAAAUAGGCGAGGGCUAUGUGUGGCUGGACUAUUUCAGCGUCCCUCAGCUAGUGGAACAUCCUGAUGUACAUGAUCUGGCAGAUGAGCAGCUACGCUACGUGCGGAGCAUUCCCAGCUACGUGGACCUUUGCGACGUUUUCGUUUCUUUGGUGCCGCCGGCCGCUCACCAUGACACUGGAGCUCCGUGUUCGCUCCACAGUUUCUGA